AUUAUAUCAGUUCUUAACCAUUUCAAACUCAUAAAAUUUGACAAAAAAUAUUGGCAAACUAUUUUGAACUGAUUUGAGUUGAAAAUGGCCCGGCGAUUGGAUAAGGUGCGAGAGCUGGCGGAAAAACUUUUUACACCAUCGGAAAUACAUCGUUUUAAUGCAUAUCGAGAUAAUUUUUCAAAAAAAUAUUUGAAUUUGAAUUCGUAUAGCUUGAGGUGGUCCUUUAAGCGUCCCAGACUGUCAGUUUCUAUGCCCAAGUGGAUUAAUUCGCGGUACUUUACUACUAAAAAAACCAGUGAGGAAUGCUGUUGCGAGCGACCCGACCACUUGCAGCCGAAUUGUGAAAUCGAUUGGGAUUCGGUGCAUCCACCGGGUCAACCCUAUAAGCCCCGUGACACACACUACUGGUAUCCAGAUCCGGAAUAUUUGGAGCAAUUCCAGGGCCAGGUCUUUUGGCCAAUGGGCGAUGAAUGGAAGAAGCGGCCAAAUCCAUCGAGUCGCUACUUUCCGCCUAUCAAUCGCACAUUUCGCAGCAAGUUUAUCAACUUUGGACCCGCACAUCCAGCGGCACAUGGAGUGCUCCGCAUGAUCCUGGAGCUGGACAAUGAGACGGUGCUCUCGGCUGAUCCGCAUAUUGGCUUAUUGCACCGUGGCACGGAGAAACUCAUCGAGUACAAGACGUACACCCAGGCCUUGCCCUAUUUUGAUCGCCUCGACUAUGUCUCGUGUAUGGCCUGCGAGCAGGCCUAUUCUCUGGCCGUAGAGAAGCUGCUGAACAUUGAGAUCCCACCGAGGGCCAAAUUUAUUCGGACUCUCUGCGGCGAGCUAAUGCGUCUCACCAAUCACACUAUGGCCGUGGGCACAUCCGUUCUGGACUGUGGCGCCAUCACGCCGCUUUUCUGGCUCUUCGAGGAACGCGAGAAGCUGUACGAGUUCUCAGAGCGCUUGUCAGGCGCUCGUCUGCACGCGGCGUAUAUUAGACCGGGCGGUGUGGCCCAGGACAUGCCCAUAGGCUUCAGCGAUGAUCUGUAUAAGUUCAUCAAGGCCUUCAGCGAUCGCCUCGACGAGGUCGAGGAUGUCGUUACCGAUAAUCGCAUUUGGCGCAUGCGCAACAUUGGCAUCGGCCGCAUCUCGGCGCACGACGCACUCAACUAUGGCUGCACGGGUCCCGUGCUACGGGCCACGGGCGUCAAAUGGGAUCUACGUAAACAGCAGCCCUACGAUGCCUAUGCUGAUAUGAAGUUCGACGUGGCCAUCGGCUCGCAGGGCGAUUGCUACGAUCGUUACCUCGUGCGCGUGCGUGAAAUGCGCGAGUCGUGCAGUAUCAUUUUGCAGUGCUUGGACUUGAUGCCGCCGGGCCACAUCAAGGUGGAUGAUCGCAAGAUUAUGCCGCCACAGCGUCGCAAAAUGAAGACUGGCAUGGAGGAUCUCAUACAUCACUUCAAGCACUUCUCGCAGGGCUAUUGUGUCCCGCCGGGGGAGACCUACACGGCCGUUGAGUCGCCCAAGGGCGAGUUUGGCGUUUAUCUGGUCUCGGAUGGUAGUUCGCGACCAUAUCGAUGCAAGAUUCGGGCCGCUUCCUAUACGCAUUUGGCGCUCCUGAGCAAACUUUCGCCUUCAUAUCUGCUAGCCGACGUUGUGGCUAUUAUCGGUUCGCUGGACAUAGUUUUUGGCGAGAUCGACCGCUAGCCGAAUUUAGUGUGUGAAGGUACUUAAGAAUUGCCAAAAUAAAGAGCUUUAAACUCAAA